GUUAUGUGAUUUAGGCAUGGAAAGCGACGAUGACACCGAUGCACGGAUGCAGGAAAUGUGUGAUGAUGUCGCGGCGCUCGCAAUCGAGUGGCAGACUGGAAUGAAUAAUAAUUAUGUUGAAGCGUACAGAAUUGCCUCCGACUACUGCAGGGCGCACGUGCUUAAAGUUCCAUGUCGGACGUCCAUCUUGACGGGGAGGGCAUGGAUUUUGGAAUUGUAUAAUGGACACAGUGGCAGAUUUCGCUAUGAACUGUGCAUGCCCAAAGUCGUUUUUACCCGUUUAUGUGGCACACUAGUGAACGACUCCGGGUUGCAUGUACCUGAGCGGGACCACGGCUUGCACGUUGAGGAGAGUGUUGCAAUCUUCAUUCACGUCCUAAAAAACUUGCCUAACCGCGAGCUUCAAGAAAGAUUCCAACACUCCGGUGAAACAAUAUCACGCCAUUUUCAUAAUGUUCUGAAAGCAAUGAAAAAGUUUACCGUCGCGCACUGUCGGCCGCCCACAGAUUUCCAAAACAGGAGGGAUCCCCACCUGCAGAGCCAACCACAGUAUUUGCCGUUUAAGGAUUGUUUAGGUGCAUUGGAUGGGACACACGUGCCAGCGUGCAUAAAAGAGUCGGAAGCAGCCCCGUAUUUUAGCCGAAAGGGUUGCCACACUCAAAAUAUUUUGGCAGUGUGUGAUUUCAAUAUGUGUUUUGUAUUUGUGUCAUGUGGUUGGGAGGGUAGCAUGCAUGAAAGCCGGAUUUUAAACAUUGUGACCGAGGAUCCGCAAUAUAAUUUUCCAACUGCAGUGGAUGGUCGCUAUUAUCUAGUAGAUAGUGGAUACAGUAAUAAGAAGGGAUUUCUCGCACCAUAUAAGGGCAGCCACUAUCACCAACCACACUUUCAACGUCACAAGCUGAGGAAUCGUGAUGAGUUGUUCAACCGUGCCCACUCUUCAUUGCGGAGUGUAAUUGAGCGAACAUUUGGCGCUUGGAAGUCGCGGUGGAGAUUCUUGCACAAUAUGCCUCGGUUUGACUUUCGUAGAGUCCAGGUGCCGUUGGUGGCUGCAUCUAUGGCAUUACACAAUUUCAUACGCAGAAACUGUGAGGAUGAUGCGACCAUUGCUGCUGUCAGAAAUGCGGCGGAGUACACGUAUGCCGAUAUUCCCGAUCGCGCAGAUUUGGCUGCCCUGCACGAACCCGUGGUGGCUACGGACAAGGACGUUGAAAUGGCGGAGGAAGAGCAAAUCAGCGGUGAUGUGGCGGAGCUUGGCGUGUUUCCCGGAGGGAGCGGCGGAAGAGGAUCGGACGCCAGCGGUGUUGGUGAGGUCGACGCAAGAGUUCCAGAGAUGGUAACUGAGCUUUCAGAUCUAAAGCUUGAAGGAGUUAAAGAAGGGAGAGAAGAAGGAGAGAGACAAAGAAGGUGGGAAGAAAGUGGGUGA